UCAAGUGCGGUUUCCGCCUAUCGUUUUUCGGUUGUGGGAAAGUCUUUACGAGACGUCUGGAGGGUGAACAGUGGAGGGGGUUGGUUGUCUGGUGGUCAGUAACAGUAUGGUUUGAGUAUAAAAGGCAGUGCGAAAUCACCAGAAGACAUCACAAAACCAAGUUGAUUCAAACUGAAUCCAACAAAAUCUAUUCAACAAUGGCAUUCAAGUUCGUCACCCUCUUCGCCGUAAUGGCAGUAGCUAAUGCUGGAUUCAUCCCAGCGGCACCACUGGCCUACGCAGCAGCUCCAUUAGCUAAAGUUGCCGCUGCACCAGUUCUCACGAAAACCGUCGACGCCGACUACGAUCCUCAUCCUCAAUACAGCUACGCCUACGAUGUCCAGGACUCGUUGACCGGUGAUUUCAAGAAUCAGCACGAGACUCGCGACGGUGAUCUUGUCCAGGGUAGCUACUCCCUCCUCGAGGCCGAUGGAACUCGUCGCACUGUCGACUACACUGCCGAUCCCAUCAACGGAUUCAACGCUGUUGUUCGCAAAGAACCCGCUGCCGUUGCCGUCAAGGCAGUGGCUCCUCUGGCUGUCAAAGCUGCUGCGCCAAUCGCUCUUGCCCAGCCAGCAUAUGCCAAAAUAGCUCAUGCACCUAUUGCCGUUGCCACACCAGUCGCCAAAUACGCUGCACCCCUGGCUUAUGCUGCACCAGCGGCAUACGCUGCACCGGCCGCAUACGCUGCACCAGCGGCAUACGCUGCACCCGCUGCCUAUGCCAAGGUUGCCGCACCCCUUGGAUAUGCACCUGGACACAUCGCGUAUUCGGCGCCUGCUGCAUACGCUGCUGCACCUGUGCACGCUGCAUACGCUGCUGCACCUGUUCACGCUGCAUACGCCGCCGCUCCAGGAAAUGCUUUUCUCAGUUGCUUGCAAAAAUCACGGGAAUCGAUCGAGGGUGAUUCAUGUACAAGUCAAUUGACAAAUGAAAGCGAGACGACGUGCCCGCGAUCAUGGGACAUUGGGUGUGAGGCACGACAUCAUGAACAUUCGCAAAACGCACAAUCGCAAUUCGGAGAAAGGCACUUGAUUAUUUGGGUAUUCCCGAAAUGUCCACGGUUUAAAAAAUUCUUUCGCAUUCGGUCGAUACACCAUCAAUUAAGUAGUGUCUCAAUUACGAUUCCCAUUUACUUGACGAGCCGUCGACAGGCAUCUCCAUUGAUCAUUAUUGUCUACCACCACUGCCCUGGUUCGAUUCGAUCGGAGGCGUUGCAUAUCCCGUACUUUGCUUUUCAACCACCUAUAAAUACGGGUAAAAAAACCAUCAUCAUCUCAGUAUCGGUGGAAUUGUCAACUGCAUCACACACCAAUUGUUGUAAUUAUGGCAUUCCGCGAGCGAAUUACUUGAUCUUUAAGCAUUCAAUUUUUAGCUUGAUUAUUUCCCUGAGUCUCCUGGCGUUGACUCGUGCCGGAUACCUCGGGGCCCCAGUGGCAUAUCAGGCCCCAGCAAAAAUAAUCGCCCCAUCAGCGAUUCUGACCAAAACCCUCGACGCCGACUACGAUCCGCAUCCCCAGUACAGCUACUCCUACGACGUCCAGGACUCGAUCACCGGGGAUUUCAAGAGUCAGCACGAGACUCGCGACGGUGACGUCGUCCAGGGGAGUUACUCCCUCCUUGAGUCGGAUGGAACACGCAGAACGGUGGAUUACACGGCCGAUUCCCAGAAUGGUUUCAACGCUGUAGUUCAUAAAGAGCCAAUCGGCGAGAAGUUGGUAACUCCCUUGGCCAGUUCAAUAGUGCAGCCAGCAGUGGCCUACGGUCCGCCAACAGUAGCAAAGUAUCCAGUGCCGAUACCCGCAGCUACUUAUGCCCCGGCUCUCCCCCAACUCUCCGCCGCGGUUCACAGCAACAUCGCGGUGUCACCGGCGCUGACUUAUGGACCUCCCGCUGUCGCUAAAUUGGCAACACCCAUCGCUACCCAUGAAGCCACGACUUACUCCGCUGCAGCCCUUCCUGCGAGGGUGUACAGCACCCCUGUUGGAUACGCAACCCCUGCAGUGGCCAAAUACACUCCUCAUCCCUACAUUGCUCAUGUUACCUAUACGACACCUCUAUUCUCUUACUCACAUUAG